AUGGCGCCCAAGGAACCUUUCAAGGUGCACUCCCUCAGCAAGCACAUUGAGAACACAAAGAAGGGUUUAUCAGCCGAUUCGCAGACCAACCGCCGCCUUGCUGGCCGCUCUACAGUUGUCAAGAAAGAGUCGAGCGAUCCAAACAAGAUUUUUGCCAACAAUGACGACGACGAAGGCUCGGGAAGCGAUAGCGAUAGCGAUAGCAGCAGCGAUGAGGCUCCUGGUAGCUUCCUGGAGAGGCUUACCGCUGGUACAAAGUCUGCACCUGCGAAGCCUACUCCUGUAAAGUCCACUCCCCAAUCUGCCCGCCGUCGCAGCAAGGAUGAGGAAAUCGCCGAUAGCGACGACGAGCGCAAAGCUUUCAACAACAAGGCUUCUUCCAAGAAGUCUGCUCCAAAACCUGAAUCGUCCAGUGAUUCAAGCAGCGAAUCCGAUUCUGACGACGAAAAGGCCAACACGAAGGCCAACGGUACCAUUCCUGCCAAGGAUGCCGACAGUAGCUCGAGCUCUUCCGAGUCGGAUAGCGACAGCGAAAGCGACGAGGAAGACAAGGAGAAGGCACCAGCUGCCAAGAUUUCCGCCGAAAAGAAGGACGAUUCCGAGUCAUCUUCUAGCGAGAGCGAGAGUGAGGACGAAGCUGAAUCCAAGUCCAAGCCUGCCGUAAAUGGCACUGCUGCUACCGCUACAUCUGACAGCGAAAGCGAAAGCAGUGACAGCGAAAGCGAAAGUGAAAAAGAGCAACCUGCCAAGCCUACCACUAAGGCUGUCUCGAAGCCUGCUGCGAAGCCUGCUGCGAAAUCCACAGCCACGGUAUCCGACAGCUCUUCCAGCGAGGAGGAUUCCGACGACGAGAUGGUUGACGAAUCGAUGCACAUCGAGGAUCGCGAAGGACAGGUCGCAAUCCCCAACUUCAUUGCUCCCGACUUUGUCCUCCGCAAGGGCGACGAUGGCACAAGCGGCAAGGAUGUUGCUGAGGUCUGCAACAAGGCCAACCUCGAGGGCAAGCAGUUCUGGUACUUCACAGUUCCUUCUGAUGUCCCCAUUUCUGUUAUCCAAAACCUCGAAAUCCCCAUGAACCAGUCAAGUGCCGGCAACAAGCUGUUCUCGCAUGGUGGUGAUGAUUACGGUUUCUCUUUUGAGUGUAUUGCUCCCAAGAGUAACAUCCAGAUCAUGAUCCCUUCUUCUGAUGCUUCUCAGUAUCAAUCUGCCCCUAAGCAGAUCGAUCAAAUGAUGCAGAUCAAGAAGAUUACACCACUUGGCGCCAACAGAUCUGUCGGUCCUACCCCUAAGCCAGCCCCUCGUGCUCAGCCUGCCGGAUUGAAGGCCCGCUACCAGCCUAUCGGUGUCAACGAGCCCAUGGGUACCAUUAGUGAUGGAGAGGAUGUAGAGAUGGCAGAGGCUCCCGCUUCAUCAACCAAAGCGGAGAAGAAGGAGAAGAAGCGCAAGUCCAAGGAGACGUCUGAGAAGAAGCAAAAGAAGAUGACUCUUCCUGAACGACCUAGCGCCCAGAGCGUAGAGGAGCCAACCCCGGAUACCCGCAAGAACAAGCGAAAGCUCGCAGCUUCUGAGGACGACGCUGCCGCCGCCACUGAGCAACUCCAGGCGGAGGCCAGAUCGGCAGCCAAGAAGUCCAAGAAGCAGAAAACAGACCGAGUCGGCAGCCCUGACUUGGGCUCCGAGCCCGCUUCCGUAGCCAAGAAGCAGACUCCUGUUCUGCCUCCCACAUUCCCUACCGCAGGAACCCCAACUUCUAAACAAAAGAAGGUUAAGGAGAGCGCUGUUCCCAUUCCUUCUAUUCCUCACUCGUCACCUCCCAGAUCCUCUCCUGCGCCUGCCCCUGCAUCGCGGGCCCCAAGUUCACCUAUCCGGGCCAAGGAGAAGCGAUCCAAAAAGUCAAAGGAUAGUAAGAAGGCCGCAUCAAGCAAGAGGGAAACCCCUGUCCCACCCCCCGUGCCUGGUUCUUCCUCGGAAUAG